GCUCUUGUUUUUUUUUGACUGCAUUCGAAAGCAAUACCUGUCCAUCGUCCUCAUGAGUUCAUACAGCGUCUAUCUUUUCCGACAUAUCCAGACACAGCAGGUGCUUGUAAGCACUCGACAAAGUAUGAAGAAUAAGGCACUUCGUCAAAUCGAAACCACUCUUCGACCUGUUCGUCUCCGAAAAGAUCAUUGGCGCCCCAUGGUGGCAUUGACCGGUAUUGAAACCCCACAAUCAGCACAAGCCUUGUCCGACGCUUUAUUGCAACGAUCGCAAGCACGCCAACUUGACCUGAAAACUUCAGCCGAACACUUGGCACGGCCUAAACGUUUGCGAGUAGUAGACGAGAAAAAUAUGUUGGAACAAUCCGUACAAUCGCUUCGAGAGGCCCUGGAAUCCGUCGCUCCUCAACAUUUCAAAGAUAAAAAGGUGUUGGCCUUAUGGGAACAACCUCACUUUAUGGAUUUGAAGGGACAGCAAGAAUGGCCCGCAUUUGUAGAGCACGGUCAAUUGGAGUUACGAUUGAAUCGACUCGUCAACAACCCCUCUUCAUAACUUGUGUGGAGAAAAUAAUUUAAUCCAUCUUAUUCAAAGACUAUUCCGGUUGCCCGUGUCAUAAUCAAUAGACUAACUGUAUAAAAUCACAAAGAAACAAAAUCCCAUAAAAGGCACAUCAAUGACAGCCCAUCUUUUUCUGCGGAGGGAGGACCUUGCAUUUCAUUUUUUUUAUUGUUUCUUUGAUUGGGAAAUUUGUGACUUUGGAAUCCCC